CUUCCGGUGCAACAAGUGGUAGACACGAGUGGGUUCGAAAGAGUUGUUUGGCCGCCGUAUCGAUCAAACGCGCCGCGGACUGUUGCUGUUCUCUAGCAACCUGCAACCGGCGAUAGUUUUCCUUGCUUGUCCUGUAUAGUAAUUUCGGUUUCAAAACCUGAACAUGAAGUACCCGAACACGCUCGACCUUAACACUUAUCGGGCGUAUAUGUGCGCGAGGCAUUUGAAUCGUGACAAAAGCCGCCUACUCGACGCCAUCAACCUGGACUGGGACCUGAACGUACCGGAACCACUCAAGAUCCUGUGCCUGAAGGCGAUCGCCGACAGCUGGACAACGGUGCCUUACUUCCGCGAGCUACCACUCUGCGAAGAUCGCCAAUAUCUGCUCGAUCUGCUAGAUCUGAACUUUCCGCUCGAAAACCUUUGCGCCCGGGUCCGGAGCGAUGCGUUCUGGAAGCGAGCCUUUCAGCACCGGUGGCGCAAUUUCGUGCCGAUCGAGGUGGGCACGAAACCCUGGAUACGGAUCUACCUUGAGCAGCACAUCGCCGAGACAAUCGAGCACCUGAAACCAUCGGACUACGAUCAGGAGAGCGUGAAGAAGAUUGUCGAUCUGUGCGCCCCAUUUGUGAAGGAGUUACGCAUCGAGCGUUUACAGCCAUCACUCUCGGACAACAGUGACCACGUGCCCUUCGACAUGAUUCUCGGUAGCUUGCGGAAACUUCAGCGCAUUAGCUUGACAUACGAUGUGAAAGAUGUGGGGCACAACUUUUUCCUCGGCUGUGCGACCAUCACCGAGAUGGACGUGAAGCUAAUGACCCAGGGUCUGGAGCGGUGCGGGGAUUUGACCGAGUUCCGUCUGCACAGCAGCAAACUAGAGCCGACCAUGAUGAAGCGUAUCAGUGCAGCCCUCGGGAAGGGUUGUCCGAAUCUGCGGACGAUCGCUUUCCCGCACUGCCGGUGCGGAGACAUCGGGCUGCGGGCGUUCUGUGAGCCGAUCAAACCGUACUCCUUUCCCAAUGUGCGCGAGGUCGUGCUGACCAAUAACUUCCUGUCCCCGGAAAGUGUACAGGAGUUGACAUGGCGCCUGCGGCACCGACGCAUCGAACGGUUGGAUCUCCGGCUUAAUCCAAUUCUCACCGAAGGAGCUAUAAUCAUUCUCUGUGGUGUGCUGUUCAUGCCGUUGAGAGAGCUUAACCUCAGCUGCUGCUCGAUUGACGAGCAGAUCGAGGACCAUUUGCUGAUGUUGAUACGCUUUAACUACACCAUUAAGCGGCUAGAUAUCUCCUCCAACCGGCUCGGGCCGGCGAUGGGGGAACGUUUGUUGCAGCGAGUUUACGAAAAUAAAACGCUCCAGCAGUUCGAUUUGCGCAACACGGACAUUUCGUGCGACGUACGAGCAAUCAUCGACGAGGUGAUACUCGAAAACCGGGAUCCGCACAGUUUGAGCAAUUGGUAAACGGCCGCGUAGAGAGUGCCUAUUUAUUUUUCUACCCUUGACCCGGUUUGCAUAGCAGAAACUAAUGCCUCCAGUGUUUGCAUUCAAUAAAU